AUGCCGCCGCCCUGUCCCAACGAGGCCGGCCCGCCGGCCUUCUUCUUCGACGCGUUCCCCGACUACACCUUCCGCGCAUCGGCGACCGUCCGGACCAACUUCAAGGCGCUCGCGGCCCAGCGCGGCUGGGCCACGGGAUCCAAGCGCUGGCGACGCCAGUGGCGCGCCUGCUUCGGCCGGGCGUACGCCCAGGACGACGACGACGACGCGUUCGACAGCGGCGGCUUCGCGCCCGACCCCACCGCGCCGCUGGAGCAUGAGUUCGGCCGCAUGGCGCUGCACGAGGGCUUCGGACGCCGUGACAAAGGCUACGCCGCGCGCCGCGCGCCGCGCGCGCUUCUUCGGCCAGCAAAACUCUGCCGCAUCGUCGACGUCCCUGUUGGAUCCUCCAUCACUCAGUGCAAGAAGGAGCUCAAAGACCACGGCGUGAUGAUCAACCUUGUCAACCUGAUGAACCACAUGCGCAGUCUGCCUCGGGAAGACAGACUCGACAACCUCGGGAGUCUCGAGCCGUGCAAAGAGGUCAAGCUGGUCAAGUUCGAGAACUGGAAGAGCUUCAGGAGCUACACCAAGAAGCACACUUUCCCGAGGAACGCCGCUAAGGCCAACGGCUUCAUCAACACCUUGCUCCGGAAGAUCUGA